CUCAAUAUCUCCUACCAAAACCUGAUGAUACUUCACUUCCCGAAAAAACGAAAAUCUGAUACUUCUCUAACCCAGUUUUUCUGGAGAAAACACUUUGUCUGAUUAGCUUAUAUCGAAGGAUUAACUGUGUUCAACACUCGUUUUUUGGCGAUAGAGAGAAGACCCAUUGGAUAUCUAACGUUUUAGAGCUCAAUUUAUCAUGAAUGUAUUAAAUUGGUGUAGAUAGUCAGUUAGGUGACAAAGAAACUAGUAGUGUUCAAGAUGAGUAGGUCUGGAAAGAAUGUUGAUACUUGUGAUAGUGUAAAUGGAGUUGGGGGUUCAGGUGCUAGUCAGGGGUCAAAUGAGGUAUGGAGUUAUCUUGAUCAUGAAAUUGUGCAACUCACAAACCUUAGAUCGACACCCCAUGAGCAUUUGAGCCGGGUCCUGGCUGGAAAGUCAAGGUUACCUGUUUCACCUGUUAAAAUGUUGAUCGGUCGAGAGGGGAACUAUAGUGGGAGGGGGAGAUUUUCAUCUGCCGACAAUUGUCAUAUUUUGAGCCAAUAUUUGCCUUUCUGUGGUCCUCGGAUGAUUGAUAAGAUGAAGAGUUGUGCUUAUGUAUCACAAUUUGCGGCUGAUGGUUCUCUUUUUAUUGCGGGAUUUCAGGAAAGUCAUAUUAGGAUAUAUAAUGUUGAUCGCCAAUGGAAAGUUCAGAAGGACAUUCGGGCCAAAAGUUUGGGAUGGACAAUUACUGAUACAUCUCUUUCACCAGAUCAACAUUUACUUGUUUAUUCCAGUAUAUCACCUAUUGUCCAUGUUGUUAACGUAGGAUCUGCUGCAACAGAGUCUCAUGCAAACAUCACGGAAAUCCAUGAGGGCUUGGAAUUUUCUGCUGAUCAUAAUGAUUAUUACGAUUACUCUUUUGGGAUCUUUUCCGUAAAGUUUUCUACUGAUGGGCGGGAGCUGGUUGCUGGAAGUAAUGAUGAUUCAAUAUAUGUUUAUGAUCUCGAUGCAAAUAAGCUUACCCUCCGUAUUCCUGCGCACAGGUCUGAUGUUAAUUCUGUAUGCUUUGCCGAUGAAACUGGUCAUCUCAUAUAUUCCGGGAGUGAUGAUGACCUGUGUAAGGUGUGGGACAGGCGUUGCUUUGCUGCAAAAGGACAAGCAGCUGGGGUCUUGAUGGGACAUUUAGAAGGGAUUACAUCAAUUGACAGUCGUGGUGAUGGCCGCUAUUUGAUCUCAAAUGGAAAAGAUCAGGCCAUCAAACUUUGGGAUAUACGGAAAAUGUCCUCUAAUGUUAAGUACAAAUCACCGCCUAGGAAGUACGAGUGGGAUUACAGAAUGAUGGAGUAUCCAAAUGAUGCAAGAAAUAGGACACAUCCAGCGGAUCUCUCAUUGGCUACCUAUAAAGGCCAUUCAGUCUUGCGCACCCUCAUACGUUGUUAUUUCUCCCCAGCAUAUAGCACGGGCCAAAAGUACAUCUAUACUGGAUCUACUGAUGCUUCUGUUUAUAUUUAUGAUCUGGUGAGCGGAGCUCAAGUUGCGAGGCUUGAUUUCCACGAGGAACCUGUAAGAGAUUGCAGUUGGCACCCUGUCUACCCAAUGAUUGUUAGCUCUUCCUGGGAUGGUGUCAUUGCCAGUUGGGAAUUUCCUGGUAAUGAUGAAAAACCGGUAGUCGUGAAACGGACUAGAAGAAGGAGAAGACCCCUUUACUAAUACUGCUAUGGGUUUUACAUGUUUUUGGCACCUAAGAGUGGAAUAAUGUAGUCAUAUAAUGUUCACUGUAUUUUUGCAUUGGAAAUAUGUGUUGUCAAUGUAGCUAAAUCUGUUACCUUGUUUUUGGUACAUAGAAAUAAACUGCUGUAAGCUUUCUUGUUUUGGUAUCUCUAUGUGGUCCUAUCCCGGGG